AUACCUUUGACCCCGCAAUACUCACCUGUGCGGAUAUUGUAUGCAUUCAACAGAGCGCUUAAUCCUUACACUGGUGCCUUUGUUGUGUCAGUCAUCGCCCGCUGGUACUUCCUAUUAAGCGUCAUUGGAACAUUGUCUCUCGGGGUGAAGUAAUAUAGGGUAAAUUUAAGGUGGACUGUGUAUUAUCAUAUACACCACCCUAGCUAAUAUCCACCUAGCGUUCAUAGCGGAAUAGUCAAGUGCCGCCGAUUACUCAUCACGAUAGCGUGGGUUCGCCGGUGCGUCCUGACGCUCACUGUACACACAGAGACGACAGAGGCUUGAGUUUCGGAGACCAGCAAAGCACAAUUUACUUCGCCAAUACAGCAAUCAUGGACAGUAAAAUAACUACUUUACUGGGAAUUGUCAGCAUAUUGCUAUGUGUUGUCCUCGGGGACGAGACCUUGAAGACAGUCGACGAGAAAGCGCCCGUUAAAGCUAAAACAUGUUACUGUCAGAUAGCCACGCAGUCGGGGCAGGUUCUCCAUGACUUGGGCGGGAUCGCUUCUUAUGACGUCAAAACGAUGCCCUGUCACGAGAUGCGAGUGAAGUGUAGAAAGGACUGUGACGCCGCCAUCCGGAAUGCUACGACCACGCCAAGCGAACCCACCGUUCCGCUCAAGGGGUACUACAAGGGUAGAGUAUUUGGGAUGAAACUUUGCCGAGCAUGGGACCAGCCCACCACCAACAAGGGACUAACUCUUAUUUCCAAGAGUGAAGUUGACGAGUCUAACUGUGUUAACCACGUCAAAACUCGCUACGGACAUUGGAGUGCAAAACUCUGCUGCGGACACCAUGAAAUAAAAGUGAGCGAUCAAAUCUUCGUGGCCUUUGUCUGGAAGCCGNAUUAA